UUGUUACAGUGGGCAUCGGUCUCUCUCUCUCCCCUUCACUAACACUGGAUUACAGCUCAUCUCACCGAGUUUUGUCGGCAGGGAGGAGUCGCGUGGCACCCAUUAACCCACACAAGGAGAUUUCGACUUCAUAAACACCUUUCCACGGUCAUUUAGGACUAAUAAGGACGAAAUGACGGAGGAAUGGGAAUGACGGAGCAGCAGACAAACGCUUGGCACUAAUCUCGGCCAAUGACUGACAUCAAACAGGGGGAGAUCCAUCUCAAAACUGGCUGGCUUUGAAAGCAGCCCGAGGAUUGAGUCUUGGAUCUAGGAACGGAUUCAGCGUUGAAUACAUGCACAUCUCAGGGUGUAUCGUGUGCACGCGCUUAGUUUAAAUGUCUCUAAACAAUAGGCAGUUUUGAGAGAGGAAGUAGAGGCUUGUUAAUCACGCUUCCCUUGUGUGUUUCUGUCAGCCGGUAGGAAUUGGGAAGCUCAAGUCUUGUUUCAUACCGUUCAAAUUCUUCAAACGAUUAGCUCUCUGUUGGUGUAUUCACCUCGUUUUACUUCACCACCUUUCGGUUUCACUCUGGGGACUGCUGGAGCUUCAAAACAGCCGCUUUUAGCUUCAUAUCACUAUGGAUGUAUGACGACAGAUCUAUAUUUUCCUGUGAAUAGCAGCGUUUUAUAUCAUUUGCAGUCUAAUGACAUUGUUUAAAGGCAAAUUUUGAACUUCCUGCUUUAGUUUCUGUCGGCUCGGAGUGUUAUUGUCAUAAAGAUAAUGGCAGCCGUCGUGAACUACUCUCCUCCGUGGUGGGUUAACCUGCUUCACAGACUGCCUCACUUCAAUCUUCAAUUUGAGCAAACCAGCAGUGAUUUUCGCCCAGAGGACUCGUCAUACCAGCAGUCGCUCCUGCUUCUUGGCGGUGUUGCUCUGGCAUGCUUGGCUCUAGACCUUCUCUUCCUCCUCAUCUACUCCUGCUGGUUGUGCUGCCGCCGGAAGAAGAGCGAUGAGCAGCCGAAUGCAGACUGUUGCUGCACUGCCUGGUGCGUCAUCAUCGCCACCCUCGUCUGCAGCGCUGGCAUUGCUGUUGGUUUCUAUGGGAAUGGCGAGACCUGUGACGGCGUCAGUCGGCUUACCUACUCUCUCCGGCAUGCCAAUCGCACUGUGUCAGGAGUGCACAGACUGGUGUCAGAAAGUACUUCAGCUCAAAGCCAAACUGUGGAUGACAACCUGCGGAUACUAAAGGAGCAGUAUGCAAAACACACAGACUAUUUGUCCAUCAUACAGAAACUGCAGGAUCAGCGGAGCGAGCUGGUCCGUCAGAUGGCCGACAUCCCCUUUUGGAGCAACCUCGGCAUCUCCCUGGAGGAUCUGGCAACCCAGAUUGAGCUGUAUGACUGGUACAGAUGGCUGGGAUAUUUGGGUCUGCUGCUGUUUGACGUGCUUAUUUGCCUACUGGUACUCUUCGGCCUCAUCCGCAACUCUAAAGGCACUCUGAUUGGGGUGUGUAUUCUGGGGGUUUUGGCGCUGGUGAUCAGCUGGAGUUCAUUGGGUCUGGAACUGACAGUCUCCUCGGGCUUCAGUGACUUCUGCGCAGCUCCUGACAUGUACAUUACCAAGGUGUCAGAGGAGUACACGAUUAUCAAGAAAGAUAUCCUGCCGUAUUACCUCACAUGUGAUGUGGGUCAAGCCAACCCCUUCCAACAGAAGCUGUCAGGAAGUCACAAAGCACUGGUGGAAAUGCAGGACGAUGUGUCAGAACUACUGCGAUCUGCAGUCAGAGAAUACCCCAAAACAAAGGGUAACCUUGAGCAAAUUCAAAGAGGCUUGAACACCACUGAAGCUGGACUACAUCAGCUCACUGCCCUAGUGGAUUGCCGCAGUUUGCACAUGGAUUAUGUCCAGGCACUGACUGGCGUAUGUUACGAUGGACUGGAGGGUCUGAUCUACCUGGUGCUCUUCUCAUUCAUCACAGCUCUCAUGUUCACCUCGGUCAUCUGCAGUGUGCCGCACACAUGGCACGGCAAAAGGCCUGAAGAGGACAGCGAGGAGGAGUCGAUGGCUCCUGGAGGCCGUCAGAAUCAUGAUAACCUGUACCGUGUGCACAUGCCCAGUCUGUACAGCUGCGGCAGCAGUUACGGCAGCGAGACCAGCAUCCCUGCAGGAGCUCACACUGUCAGCAAUGCUCCUGUCACUGAGUACAUGACCCAGAAUGCAAACUUCCAGAACCCUCGCUGUGAAAACACUCCUCUGAUCGGGAGAGAAUCUCCUCCUCCAUCUUACACGUCCAGCAUGAGAGCCAAAUACCUGGCCAACACCCGACCUGACCCCAACAGCAGCUCCGCAGCAAACUAGAGGACCGACAUCUCUUUUCCGAACAGUCUACAGCUCCCACUCGCACCACAUCUAGUCCCACUCUUCUAAUUCAGUUUCACCCCAGGCCCACCAUCCAGCCAUGCUGAUCUCUGACGUGUGCUCUUCAACCCAGCGGAUAAAGGACGUCCUUGAUUCAUGUAAAUACUGCUGUCGGAGGAAUGUUCCAGAUGGCCGGUUCAGUUCAGGCAGCUAGUUUAUCCAGUGUAUGCAUGUGUGUUUGCAUCUGUAUGCACCGCAUUACUUACAGAUACAUUGAGUGACAUGCGUUUGUGUGUGUGUGUGUGUUCAUUUAUGCUGCCCUUGCGCAUUUGUGGUGCUCUUGCCAGAGGUUCAGAAAGCUCCAGAACUGAAGGACUGGAUAUGGUUUAAUGCCCAUACAUUCCUGCAUGGCCUCUGUUCUCUGGCCGUUAGAAGAAAUGUGACCACCUCCAUUUGCCACAUGCCGAAUCUACAGUUUACAUCAGUGAAGUCUACUGUAAUCUAACUGAACCAGUCUCUAUCUCAAUAGGAUGAUGAACUCUGAGCAGUGAGAAUUUAGCCCAGGUUUGAGUUGAGGUCUUUUUUAAUAGCAGUUUUGGUGAUGAGGUUUGAUAGCUAUUACAGUGAAGUGGUGUGAGAAAUAAGGCCCGAAACAUGCUUUAUGCUAGUGCAUGAAUGUAGGUACAAUAGUUUUGUCAAUAUUGAAAAGGGUGUUUAAUGCCAGGAUUUAUAAUCUGAAUUUUAAUCAGGUAUACAGCUAUGGAAAAAAAUUAAGAGACCACUUGAAAAUGAUUGUUUUUUUGUUUGUUUUUUUGAUAGAUUUUUAUGGAUUUAUUAGUUAUGGCCAGUGCUUAAUUUGAGCCUCAUUUUGCCAGAUCCUGUUCUGGAAAAUGUCAUAUAUUCUUGUUUUGCGUUUCGUAUUUAAUGGAUGGAUCAGGAUAGCGGGAGACAGAAGCAAAGCAAUCUCAAGUCAAACAGAAAACAUGACAGAAGAGGUAGCUGUGGGCUCUUCUUGAUGAUUGGAAUAAGUGAGCCAUUUAAUUAUUAUUUUUUUACUUGGCACAUAAUAGUGAAGUGAACUGGAUAGUGAUCGUUCAUACGAUUGAUGUUUAUAGCUACAUGUUUUUAUUAUCCAUGACUGACCGAUAACGUUAUAUGACACAAAAUAAUUAAAGGCCGUUCAGAAAUGUGAUGCUCUUUUUUUGCGCUAUUAAUGUUUAACAAUGUCAUGUUCUA